CCCUCCGCGGUCUCCCGGUCAGCUCCUGCCCUGUUUGAGUGUCUGUCGUCUGUCCUGACUUCCCAUGGUGAUGAACUGCGAUGUGGAAGGACAUAUAAGGAGCUGAGAGCCAGGCAGAAGUGGGGUGAAGCUCACUGAUGGCAAAGCACCUUUAAUCUCCCAGACAGAGGGGCCUUGGCUGGUGGCCCUUCUUGGCCUCUCCCAAAAAGGACAACAGGCCUCAGAGAAGUAACACAACAGGAUGCCCCCUGGGGUGGACUGCCCCAUGGAGUUCUGGACCAAAGAGGAAAGCCAGAGCGUGGUUGUUGACUUCUUGCUGCCCACAGGAGUCUACUUGAAUUUUCCCGUGUCCCGCAAUGCCAACCUCAGCACCAUCAAGCAGGUGCUGUGGCACCGCGCACAGUAUGAGCCACUCUUCCACAUGCUCAGUGACCCCGAGGCUUACGUGUUCACCUGUGUGAACCAGACAGCGGAACAGCAGGAGCUGGAGGAUGAACAGCGGAGGCUGUGUGAUAUCCAGCCCUUCCUGCCCGUGCUGCGCCUGGUGGCCCGAGAGGGGGACCGCGUGAAGAAGCUCAUCAACUCCCAGAUCAGCCUCCUCAUUGGCAAAGGUCUCCAUGAGUUUGAUUCCCUGCGGGACCCGGAAGUAAACGACUUCCGCACUAAGAUGCGCCAGUUUUGCGAAGAGGCCGCGGCUCACCGGCAGCAGCUGGGCUGGGUGGAAUGGCUGCAGUAUAGCUUCCCCCUGCAGCUGGAGCCCUCAGCCAGGGGUUGGCGGGCUGGCUUACUGCGUGUCAGCAACCGAGCCCUGCUGGUCAAUGUGAAGUUCGAGGGCAGUGAGGAGAGCUUCACCUUCCAGGUAUCCACCAACGACAUGCCCCUGGCACUGAUGGCCUGUGCCCUCCGAAAAAAGGCCACAGUGUUCCGGCAGCCUCUGGUGGAGCAGCCUGAGGAAUACGCCCUGCAGGUGAACGGGAGGCAGGAGUACCUCUACGGCAGCUACCCGCUCUGCCACUUUCAGUACAUCUGCAGCUGCCUGCACAGCGGACUGACACCUCAUCUGACCAUGGUCCACUCCUCCUCCAUCCUUGCCAUGCGGGAUGAACAGAGCAAUCCUGCCCCCCAAGUGCAGAAACCACGCACCAAACCUCCCCCGAUCCCUGCCAAGAAGCCCUCCUCUGUGUCCCUGUGGUCCCUGGAACAGCCAUUCUGCAUUGAGCUGAUUGAGGGCCGAAAAGUGAAUGCAGACGACCGGAUGAAGCUGGUUGUGCAGGCCGGGCUCUUCCAUGGCAACGAGAUGCUGUGUAAGACGGUGUCGAGCUCAGAGGUGAACGUGUGCUCAGAGCCCGUGUGGAAGCAGCGACUCGAGUUUGAUAUCAGCAUCUGUGACCUCCCACGAAUGGCUCGACUCUGUUUCGCUCUCUAUGCUGUUGUCGAGAAGGCUAAGAAGGCGCGCUCCACAAAGAAGAAGUCCAAGAAGGCGGACUGUCCCAUCGCUUGGGCCAACCUCAUGCUAUUUGACUACAAGGAUCAGCUGAAGACGGGGGAACGCUGCCUCUACAUGUGGGCCUCUGUCCCAGAUGAGAAAGGAGAGUUGCUGAAUCCAGCGGGUACAGUACGCAGUAACCCCAACACAGAGAGUGCCGCUGCCCUGGUCAUCUACCUGCCUGAGGUGGCCGCCCACCCUGUGUACUUCCCUGCUCUGGAGAAGAUCCUGGAGCUGGGGCGUCAUGGGGAGCGUGGGCGCGUCACAGAGGAGGAGCAGCUGCAGCUGCGGGAGAUCCUGGAGCGGCGGGGAUCUGGGGAGCUCUACGAGCAUGAGAAGGACCUGGUGUGGAAGAUGCGCCAUGAGGUCCAGGAGCAUUUCCCAGAGGCGCUGGCCCGCCUCCUGCUGGUCACCAAGUGGAACAAGCACGAGGAUGUGGCCCAGCUGUCCCAGAUGCUCUAUUUGCUGUGCUCCUGGCCCGAGCUGCCUGUGCUGAGCGCCCUGGAGCUUCUGGACUUUAGCUUUCCCGACUGCUACGUGGGCUCCUUCGCCAUCAAGUCCCUCCGGAAGCUGACGGAUGACGAGCUUUUCCAGUACCUUCUGCAGCUAGUACAAGUGCUCAAAUACGAGUCCUACCUGGACUGCGAGUUGACCAAAUUCUUGCUGGGCCGAGCCCUGGCUAACCGCAAGAUCGGACACUUCCUGUUUUGGCAUCUCCGCUCCGAGAUGCACGUACCAUCGGUGGCUCUCCGUUUCGGCCUCAUCAUGGAAGCCUACUGCAGGGGCAGCACCCACCACAUGAAGGUGCUGAUGAAACAGGGGGAAGCACUGAGCAAGCUGAAGGCACUGAAUGACUUUGUGAAAGUGAGCUCCCAGAAGACCACCAAGCCCCAAACCAAGGAGAUGAUGCACAUGUGCAUGCGUCAGGAGACCUACAUGGAGGCCCUGUCCCACCUGCAGUCUCCGCUCGACCCCAGCACCCUGCUGGAGGAAGUCUGCAGUGUGGAGCAGUGCACCUUCAUGGACUCCAAAAUGAAGCCCCUGUGGAUCAUGUACAGCAGCGAGGAGGCGGGCAGCGCCGGUAGCGUGGGCAUCAUCUUUAAGAACGGAGAUGACCUCCGCCAGGACAUGCUGACUCUGCAGAUGAUCCAGCUCAUGGACGUCCUGUGGAAGCAGGAGGGCCUGGACCUCAGGAUGACCCCCUACGGCUGCCUCCCCACCGGAGACCGCACUGGGCUCAUUGAGGUCGUCCUCCACUCGGACACCAUCGCCAACAUCCAGCUGAACAAGAGCAACAUGGCCGCCACUGCGGCCUUCAACAAGGAUGCCCUGCUCAACUGGCUCAAGUCCAAGAACCCUGGGGAGGCCCUGGAUCGGGCCAUCGAGGAAUUUACCCUCUCCUGUGCUGGCUACUGUGUGGCCACGUAUGUGCUGGGCAUCGGUGACCGCCACAGCGACAACAUCAUGAUCAGAGAGAGUGGGCAGCUCUUCCACAUUGAUUUUGGCCACUUCCUGGGGAACUUCAAGACCAAGUUCGGAAUCAACCGUGAGCGCGUCCCCUUUAUCCUCACCUAUGACUUUGUCCAUGUGAUCCAGCAGGGAAAGACUAACAACAGUGAGAAAUUUGAAAGGUUCCGUGGCUACUGUGAACGCGCCUACACUAUCCUGCGGCGCCACGGCCUGCUUUUCCUCCAUCUCUUCGCCCUGAUGCGUGCAGCAGGUCUGCCUGAGCUUAGCUGCUCCAAAGACAUCCAGUAUCUCAAGGACUCUCUGGCACUAGGGAAGACAGAGGAAGAGGCCUUAAAGCACUUCCGGGUGAAGUUCAACGAAGCUCUGCGGGAGAGCUGGAAAACCAAAGUCAACUGGCUGGCGCACAACGUGUCCAAGGAUAACAGACAGUAAGAGGUGUCCCCUGGUCGUCACAUGACGGUUCCCUCUCGGCUCUCAGCCCUAACUGAGGUAAACUGUCAGUCCUGGAGACCAGGCGUGUCCAGUGGUCAUCAAAGGGACCUCAGAGCCUCAACUGUCCCUCAUGGGGAAGAGCCACACAACUGCUUCUUGUUUACACUGGUUAUUUAUUUAUGACUCAAAAUGUUUAAGGAACAGAAUAGCCAUAAAUGGAAGUGCAUUUUUGUGCAGGGGAGGGGUGAUGUCCUCAUGACCCCCGGUCAGCACUGUAGGCAGCACCUUGAGGAUCGUACCCCUAGUCUUCCAACCUGUGGGUCUUGGCCCAUCAAAGACAGUUCUUGGGGCCUUCUUCCCAGGCUCCCAGCAGGCUGCCUGGAACAGCUGCCUCCCACACAGACAGGACACCUCAAUCCUCUGCUCACCUCCGCCACCUUUGUGUGGCCCACCCUUGGCGACCUCCACCGACCAAGUCUCCGGCAGCUCCUGAGGAAGCCAGGAGCUUCCCUCUAGACUCAGGCACAUUUUUUUCUGCACUGCUGAAGCGACCUCUUGGGUAUGGGUACACCCUCACCUUUUAUUUGCGGGUAAGGACAUGAUAUGCAAACUAUGUACAAAACCCUACGGCUGGAGUAAAGGACCCGGCCUCCACUACAGAUAGUGUGUGUGUUCCAGGCCUCAAAACGCUCAGAGACCGGCGCCAGAUUUAGCCCGGUGUGGUCAUGAAUCUAGACAAAGUGCAAGCCAGAAAGGAGUCCUCUUCAAAAGUUGUGUGAGCCGCACACUAUGUAAAGACAGGACUGUUCUCUCCCAGAGCUGCCAUCUCAAAAGGCAGCUGGGGAGCUAGGUUCUGAUGUGUGAGCAAGGAUGGGGGCUAAAUUCAGUGUAGUCUGGGUGAGCAGAGCAACUCUAGAAACACAGAGUCUCCCAGGCAUCCAAACCUCCUUUGGGCAGUGGAGCCAGCCACCCAGCUUUUAGAGAGCCCAGCUCAGUGAUGCACAUGCUGAAGGUGCCACCCUGAGCACAUCUUGCUGUAUCAGCUGCCACCUCAGGACCUGGAUCUCCCGGUACCAUUCUUGAGAUCUGCAGAACCAUCACCGCUGCCUUGCCAGUGCUCAAGGAGCCCAAGUGACAGCUCCUCCGUGAUGAUGAGCUGAACCUUCAGCAGUGGUUGGUGCCUCCACAGCACCUGCUGAACCCUUCGUCUGCCCCAACAACUCUGAAAUAGGAAACUUGUCUGUGUGUGUGUGUAUGUAUGCCAUGUUAUUUAUUGAAAAGAGUCUAGGUGCUCCUUGGUGUGGCUGUAGGUUCUGCACAGGUCCAGCCUUUCUGAGUUGGGUGUAUGGUCUGUGUACCUGGCUGGAAGAGUAUUUUUUUUUUAAAGUUGUUUCAUGUUUCUGUAGGGGGAAAGUAGAUUUCCUUUCACUGAUGUGGGCUGAGACCAGUUUGUGCAACCUUGACAUGACAGGUUAAAACAGGUGAAAAGAAAUAAAAACCUUUUUAUGUUCUUAACGUUCUUGGCUCAAAUAACAAGGGGCUUGGGAAUGCAGUGCACUGGUAGAGCCCUUGUCUGGAAAGUGCAAGGCCUCCGGUACAUUCCCCAGUACCAUAAACAAUAAAUCCUGGCCCGGACAUGGUGGACAUCUGUAAUCCCAGUACUGAGCAGGCAGAGGCAGGAGAUUUGGUUUAAGUUUGAGCCCAGCCUAGUCUACAUAGCCAGGCCAGCCCAUCAGGGUUAUGUAGCAGACCUUGUCUUAAUAAAUCCCUCAACACCCCCAAAACCAUGACAGAAUGGACCCCACUCAGGCUGGAGUUAGAACCAGAACUUUAUUAUAAUGCAUACACUUCCUGACCUAGUGUCAAUAUACACAUCUUAAAGGGGACCCUAUGGCUACUGACACACAACAGUGUCCCUCACUUCAUUAGCCUGUUUCCAUCUAGUAAAGCAGCUACAGGGAACAGGACACGGGAGGGUGGCCACAGACAGCACAGAGUCGGCAUCCUUAAAACUAGCAGCGAGGACUGGAGUCCCCAGCUGGAGCAGUCCAAACUGUGACUGUGAAUGACAGGCUGUGCUGAGUGGGAUUUAGCUGUUGUCUCCUCCUCCCCACCAAGCCAAUUGGCUCUCAUCUGCUGCGUCUUAGAUCUUACCCCAAACCCGACAAAAGGGGGCAUCCCACGGGACCUCUGGGGAGGAGAAAAAAACAGAUUGUUUUGGAACAUUCUAGCAGUUUGUCUUUGGGCCUUAGGCUCUCCUUUUGGGUGCUGUAGUGCAGACUUGCUCAGAACUGUUGCCUUCCAAUUGAGGAGCCUGGCUGCCUGCACCUUUGAAGUCGGUUCCCGGCUACACGCUUUCACCAACAGGGAGACACAAUAAGCAGAAACCACGUGGCUGCCUGUCACAGGCGUGUAUGAGAAAGGCCAGGGGCUUUGGCAACAUCCUGGCUGUUCCCAGCCUCUAAUGUGAUAGAGGUGCGUGGGUCUGGCCCCCCAGGCAGCACUCAAAGCCUAUGGCCCCGGCCACCUGCUGUACAGAAAGCACAGCAAGAGCCACAGUGACUUGGACCUUCUCAACCUGGUUUCUUAGGAGGGAAGAGGGAGGAAGAGUUCCUCCUGGCCCCGUGUUCUGACUUUACAUCCUGUCCUGGACUACACUAGCACAGAGGACACAAAGAAUCCCAAUUUAUUUACAAAAUAUUAAAAAGUCAGUUGGUCAUCUACAUAUUAACCCCCCUGUUCUCCCGCUUUAUACAUGCACUAGUUUGGAAAAAAAAUAAAAACUUUUAAAAAUAAAGACAAAUGGUUACUGA